GGGGCCGGGCCGCGGGCGGGGGAGCGCCGGGCGCGCGCCAAGAUGGCGACACCCGCAGUCCCUCCCGCAGCUCCCCCCGCGCCGCAGUCCGGCAGCGCCGCGCCGGGGCCGCGCUGAGCCCGCCCGACACGAGCUGACCUGCCCGGGCUGCAGCACCUGGAAAGAAGCUGCUGCAGGAUGAAAAGAUGGCAGCGCGGCUGCUCGCACCACCGGGCCCCGAGAGUUUCAAGCCCUUCACGCCGGAGUCGCUGGCCAACAUCGAGAAGCACAUCGCCGAGCUGAAGAAGAAGCAGCGCUCCAAGCAGGACAGCAGCCACCGCGAUGACGACGAGGACAGCAAACCCAAACCCAACAGUGACCUCGAGGCGGGCAAGAAUUUGCCUUUCAUCUACGGGGACAUCCCCAAAGGGCUGGUUGCUGUGCCGCUGGAGGACUUUGACCCUUAUUAUAUGACCCAGAAAACCUUUGUAGUACUAAACAGAGGGAAAACGCUCUUCCGAUUUAGUGCCACACCUGCCUUGUACAUUUUAAGUCCUUUUAAUCUCUUUAGAAGAAUAGCUAUUAAAAUUUUGAUACAUUCAGUGUUCAGCAUGAUCAUCAUGUGCACCAUCCUCACCAACUGCGUCUUCAUGACCUUCAGCAACCCCCCGGAGUGGUCCAAGAACGUGGAGUACACGUUCACCGGGAUUUACACCUUCGAGUCGCUGGUGAAAAUCAUCGCCCGCGGGUUUUGCAUCGACGGCUUCACCUUCCUGAGGGACCCCUGGAACUGGCUGGACUUCAGCGUCAUCAUGAUGGCGUAUAUAACAGAGUUUGUAAACCUAGGCAAUGUUUCAGCUCUGCGCACUUUCAGGGUUCUGAGAGCUUUGAAAACUAUUUCUGUAAUUCCAGGCCUGAAGACCAUCGUGGGUGCCCUGAUCCAGUCUGUGAAGAAGCUGUCGGACGUGAUGAUCCUGACAGUUUUCUGCCUCAGUGUCUUUGCCCUCAUUGGGCUCCAGCUGUUCAUGGGCAAUUUAAGGAACAAAUGUGUGAUUUGGCCAAUUAAUGUCAACGAGACCUUCCUGGAUAAUGGCUCCAAGGGCUUCGACUGGGAGGAAUACACCAACAAUAUGUCAAAUUUUUACAUCAUUCCUGGCGCCCCCGACCCUUUGCUGUGUGGUAACAGCUCAGAUGCAGGCCAAUGUCCAGAGGGAUACACGUGCAUGAAGGCAGGACGGAACCCCAACUACGGCUACACCAGCUUUGACACCUUCAGCUGGGCUUUCCUGGCUUUAUUUCGCCUUAUGACUCAGGACUUUUGGGAAAACUUGUAUCAAUUAACUUUACGAGCGGCAGGAAAAACCUACAUGAUCUUCUUUGUGCUGGUGAUCUUUGUGGGCUCCUUCUACCUGGUGAAUCUGAUUCUGGCCGUGGUGGCCAUGGCCUACGAGGAGCAGAACCAGGCGACCCUGGAGGAGGCAGAGCAGAAGGAGGCAGAAUUCAAGGCCAUGUUGGAACAAUUGAAAAAGCAGCAGGAAGAAGCACAGGCUGCUGCCAUGGUCACCUCGGCGGGGACGGUGUCUGAAGAUGCUGUGGAGGAUGAUGGUGGGGGGAGGAUGUCUCGGAGCUCCUCGGAGAUCUCCAAACUCAGCUCCAAGAGCGCCAAGGAGCGGCGGAACAGGAGGAAGAAGAGGAAGGACAAGGAGCUGUCGGAGGGAGACGAGAAGUGUGACAACGAGAAGGUUUUCAAGUCAGAGUCUGAGGAUGGCAUGAGGAGGAAAGCGUUCAGGCUGCCGGAUAACAGGCUGGGGAGGAAAUUUUCCAUCAUGAACCAGUCUCUCCUCAGCAUCCCGGGCUCCCCAUUCCUCUCCCGCCACAACAGCAAGAGCAGCAUCUUCAGCUACAAGGGGCGCUUCCGCGACCCGGCCUCGGAGAACGAGUUUGCGGACGACGAGCACAGCACGGUGGAGGAGAGCGAGGGCAGGAGGGACUCGCUCUUCAUCCCCAUCCGCGGCCGCGACCGGCGCAGCAGCUACAGCGGCUACAGCGGCUACAGCCAGGGCAGCCGCUCCUCGCGCAUCUUCCCCACGCUGCGCCGCAGCAUCAAGAGGAACAGCACCGUGGACUGCAACGGCGUCGUGUCCCUCAUCGGGGGGCCGCCCUCCAGCAUGCCUGGGGGCCGCAUCCUGCCCGAGGGGACCACUGAGAUCGAAAUCAGGAAGAAGCCUGGCGGGUCUCUCUUGGUCUCAAUGGAUCAGGUGAACGCCUCCUACGGAAGGAAGGAUCGCACCAACAGCGUCAUGACUGGCUUGACCAACACCCUUGUGGAGGAGCUGGAAGAGUCCCAGAGGAAGUGUCCCCCUUGCUGGUACAAGUUUGCCAACACCUUCCUGAUCUGGGAGUGCCACCCGUACUGGAUGAAGCUGAAGGAGAUCGUGAACUUAAUUGUCAUGGAUCCUUUUGUUGACUUGGCCAUCACCAUCUGCAUCGUGCUGAACACGUUGUUCAUGGCCAUGGAGCACCACCCCAUGACCCCCGAGUUCGAGCACGUGCUCUCCGUAGGAAACCUGGUUUUCACUGGAAUUUUCACAGCAGAAAUGUUCCUGAAGCUCAUUGCAAUGGAUCCAUACUAUUAUUUUCAGGAAGGCUGGAACAUCUUUGAUGGGUUCAUUGUCUCCCUGAGCUUGAUGGAGCUGAGUCUGGCAGAUGUGGAGGGACUUUCCGUGCUGCGAUCUUUCCGAUUGCUGAGAGUCUUCAAACUGGCCAAAUCCUGGCCCACUCUGAACAUGCUGAUAAAAAUCAUUGGUAACUCAGUGGGUGCCUUGGGGAAUUUGACCUUGGUGCUGGCCAUCAUCGUGUUCAUCUUCGCCGUGGUGGGGAUGCAGCUCUUCGGCAAAAGCUACAAGGAGUGUGUCUGCAAGAUCAAUCCGGAGUGUGAGCUACCCCGCUGGCACAUGCACGAUUUCUUCCACUCCUUCCUUAUUGUCUUCCGUGUGUUGUGUGGGGAGUGGAUUGAGACCAUGUGGGAUUGUAUGGAAGUGGCAGGACAGGCCAUGUGCUUGAUUGUCUUCAUGAUGGUCAUGGUCAUCGGAAAUUUGGUGGUGCUGAACCUGUUCUUGGCUUUGCUGCUGAGCUCCUUCAGCGCCGACAACCUGGCGGCUACGGACGACGACGGCGAGAUGAACAACCUGCAGAUCUCGGUGAUCCGCAUCAAGAAGGGCAUUGCCUGGACCAAGGCCAAGGUCCGGGAGUUCAUGCAGGCCCACUUCAAGCAGAGAGAGGCCGACGAGGUGAAGCCCUUGGACGAGCUCUACGACAAGAAGGUGAACUGCAUCGCCAACCACACCGGCGCCGACAUCAACCGCGACGUCGACUUCCUGAAGAACGGCAACGGCACCACCAGCGGCAUCGGGAGCAGCGUGGAGAAGUACAUCAUCGACGAGGACCACAUGUCCUUCAUCAACAACCCCAACCUGACCGUGCGCGUCCCCAUCGCCGUGGGCGAGUCCGACUUCGAGAACCUCAACACGGAGGAUUUCAGCAGCGACACCGACCCCGACGGCAGCAAGGAGAAACUGGACGAGACCAGCUCCUCCGAGGGCAGCACCAUCGACAUCAAGCCUGAGGUGGAAGAGGUGCCCGUGGAGGCCCCGGAGGAGUACCUGGACCCCGAUGCCUGUUUCACAGAAGGUUGCAUGCAGCGCUGCAAGUGCUGCCAGGUGAACAUCGAGGAGGGGCUGGGGAAGUCGUGGUGGACCUUGAGGAAAACGUGUUUCCUCAUCGUGGAGCACAACUGGUUCGAGACCUUCAUCAUCUUCAUGAUCCUGCUGAGCAGCGGGGCUCUGGCUUUUGAGGACAUUUACAUCGAGCAGAGGAAAACCAUCAGGACCAUCCUGGAGUACGCGGACAAAGUCUUCACCUACAUCUUCAUCCUGGAGAUGCUGCUCAAGUGGUGCGCCUACGGCUUCGUCAAGUUCUUCACCAAUGCCUGGUGCUGGCUGGAUUUCCUCAUCGUGGCUGUCUCUUUAGUCAGCCUUAUAGCUAAUGCCCUGGGCUACUCGGAACUAGGUGCCAUAAAAUCCCUUAGGACCCUAAGAGCCUUGAGGCCUUUAAGAGCGUUGUCCCGAUUUGAGGGGAUGAGGGUGGUUGUCAAUGCCUUGGUUGGCGCUAUCCCUUCCAUUAUGAAUGUCUUGUUGGUCUGCCUUAUCUUCUGGCUGAUUUUCAGCAUUAUGGGGGUUAACCUGUUUGCCGGGAAAUAUCAUUACUGCUUUAAUGAAACAGCUGAGCAUCGCUUUGAGAUAGAGGUUGUAAACAACAAGACAGACUGCGAGGCGCUGAUGCCGCCCAACUCCACGGAGAUCCGCUGGAAGAACGUGAAAAUUAACUUUGACAACGUCGGGGCAGGAUAUCUGGCUCUGCUGCAAGUUGCUACAUUCAAGGGCUGGAUGGACAUCAUGUAUGCAGCUGUAGAUUCCAGAAAGCAAGAAGAGCAGCCCAAGUACGAAGACAACAUUUACAUGUACAUUUAUUUUGUGAUCUUCAUCAUCUUCGGUUCCUUUUUCACCCUGAACCUCUUCAUUGGUGUCAUCAUCGACAACUUCAACCAACAAAAGAAAAAGUUUGGAGGUCAGGAUAUUUUCAUGACAGAAGAACAGAAGAAAUAUUACAAUGCCAUGAAAAAACUGGGCUCCAAGAAGCCCCAAAAACCCAUCCCCCGACCUCUGAACCGCAUCCAAGGAGCCGUCUUCGACUUCGUCACCCAGCAAGCCUUCGACAUCGUCAUCAUGAUGCUCAUCUGCCUCAACAUGGUGACCAUGAUGGUGGAGACGGACACGCAGAGCAAGCAGAUGGAGGACAUCCUUUACUGGAUCAACUUUGUGUUUGUCAUCUUCUUCACCUGCGAGUGCGUGCUGAAGAUGUUCGCCUUGAGGCACUACUACUUCACCAUCGGCUGGAACAUCUUCGACUUCGUGGUGGUCAUCCUGUCCAUCGUGGGGAUGUUCCUGGCGGAAAUCAUCGAGAAGUACUUCGUGUCGCCCACGCUGUUCCGCGUGAUCCGCCUGGCGCGCAUCGGCCGCAUCCUGCGCCUGAUCAAGGGCGCCAAGGGCAUCCGCACGCUGCUCUUCGCCCUGAUGAUGUCCCUGCCCGCCCUCUUCAACAUCGGCCUCCUCCUCUUCCUCGUCAUGUUCAUCUUCUCCAUCUUCGGCAUGUCCAACUUCGCCUACGUCAAGCACGAGGCCGGCAUCGACGACAUGUUCAACUUCGAGACCUUUGGCAACAGCAUGAUCUGCCUCUUCCAGAUCACCACGUCGGCGGGGUGGGACGGGCUCCUGCUGCCCAUCCUCAACCGCCCGCCCGACUGCGACCUGGACAAGGAGCACCCUGGCAGCGGCUUCAAGGGCGACUGCGGCAACCCCUCGGUGGGGAUCUUCUUCUUCGUCAGCUACAUCAUCAUCUCCUUCCUCAUCGUGGUCAACAUGUACAUCGCCAUCAUCCUGGAGAACUUCAGCGUGGCCACGGAGGAGAGCGCGGAUCCGCUCAGCGAGGACGACUUCGAGACGUUCUACGAGAUCUGGGAGAAGUUCGACCCCGACGCCACGCAGUUCAUCGAGUACAGCAAGCUGGCGGACUUCGCCGACGCCUUGGAGCACCCCUUGCGCGUCCCCAAACCCAACACCAUCGAACUCAUCGCCAUGGACCUGCCCAUGGUGAGCGGGGACAGGAUCCACUGUUUGGACAUCCUCUUUGCCUUCACCAAACGCGUCCUGGGGGACAGCGGGGAGUUGGAUAUCCUGAGGCAGCAGAUGGAGGAGAGGUUCGUGGCGUCCAACCCUUCCAAAGUGUCUUACGAGCCCAUCACCACCACGCUGCGGCGCAAGCAGGAGGAGGUGUCGGCGGUGGUGAUCCAGAGGGCGUACCGGGCUCGUCUGGCGCGGCGCGGCUUCGUCGGCCGAAGGGCGGCCACCGCCACCACCAAACUGGAGAACGGGGGAGCAACCCGGGAGAAAAAGGAGGGGACGCCGUCCACGGCGUCGCUGCCGUCCUACGACAGCGUCACCAAACCCGAGAAGGAGAAACAGCAACGGGCGGAGGAGGGCAGGAGAGAAAAGGCAAAGAGACAAAAGGACGCCAGGGUGGCCAAGUGUUGAGACACACACACGAACACGAACACACACACACAGAGAAAAAACAAAAUUAACAAAAAAAAAAAUAGUAGAAUUAAAAUAUUUGCAAGUGGAAAAAAAAAAAAAGGAAAAUAUUUAAAAAAUUGUUUACAAACUUCCUGAAAUAUAUCAAUACAGAAGAGCUGUGGAGACACUUACCUGAAGAUCUUAUACCAAACUUAGUCUGCUUACCGUGUGACAGCGUUGCAUCUAAAGCAGUGACCUUCCACCUGUUUAAAGGACCCUGUAAACAAAGGAAACGCCAGGAAAAAAAAGGAAAAAAAAAGGAUUUUCUAUUGUUUGGGCAGGUGGAUACUGCAUGUUCCACAUCAGUCAAUGCAACUUAGGACAAACGAGCAAAAUAAACCACACACACACACACACACAAAAAAAAACCACACCCAGAAAAACAAAACCCGCUGCUGGGAUUCACUUCUUUUCCAAAGCAGCCCCAAGUGGAUUUUAUUUUCCCAUUUUCUUGGUUAUUCUCAGAAGGAAAACCCAGAAGUCACAAUGUCAGUGGGUUCGUUCAUGCAAAACUAGAUUUGCAUUUAGUUAAGCAGCAAAAAAAAAAAGAAAGGAAAAAAAAAGAAACAAAGCACCCAUUAAGCCCACCGAGCUACCAUAGUUUAUUUAUUUGAGAUUUAUUAUUUGAGAUUUAUUAUUUACACUCUACUUCCUACAUGGGCUUUUCUUGGUUUGGGAGAUGGGGGAGUCGGGUAUCUUCAGCCUGGAGCCAGCCCCCCCAAAAAAACCAAAAAGUGCUCAUUAACUAGAAGCGAUUUUGGCAGAUUUUGGCAGAUUUUUGCAUGAUGGCAUGAGCAGGGACCAUGCAUGAGGAACCACAAGCAGGGGACAUGCACUCACCUGGCCACAGAGAUGUUUUAAGCCAUAAAUUCCAGGCACUCCACUGCGAAAAACCUUUAGUGAUGCUCAAAACCCAACAAAACCUCAAAAAAACCCACAAAAAACCCCACCAGAACAAGAGGUGAAUGAAUUGUGUGUGUCCGUUUGAUGACUUUGAUUUUCUUUUCCAUACAGCCAUGGUUUGUAUUUUUUUUUUUUUUGGGUUUUUUUUGCACAUUGAAACAGAACAAAACUCCAAAAUGCUGCUCUGGAUCUCGCCAAAAGGGAGAGGAUAAAUUUGGGAAAAUGGCUUUUUAUCCAUGUAACUGUAAAUACAAAACCUAAAUGCCAAAUUCCAAAACCUAAAUUCCAAAAAUCCAAAACCUAUAUUCCAAAAUGGCCCUUGGGGGUGACCAGGAGGAAUUUUGGGGGUGCAGAGCUGGACCAUGGGGUCCUGGCGGGUUUUGGGCCCCAUAUAAAAAUAAAGAAUAAAAUACAAAUGCAAAAUAAAAACAAAAACCAAAUAGACCAGAGCUCAAUGGGAGGAUGAAAUCUCAUUUUUCAUCAUCCCACAAACCCAAAAAACGCCAAAAAUCACCCAAAAUCAACCAAACCCAAGCAGGAAGCCAUCCAGCAGCCAUCUGUGCCACCUUGGCAUCUCCCAGGAUGGGAUGUACAAAAAAUAAAAAUAACAACAAAUAAAACAACAACAACAACAACAAAAAUACAUAUUGUACAGGCUACGUUGUAAACAGCACAAAAAAAUAAUAAAAAAACCAAAAAAAAAAAAAAGGAAAAAAAAUAGCUGAAAAGUGUGGUUGAACUUUUUAAGAGAAUAUUAUAAAUACUGUAAUAUAUCAUUUUAUUUUAUUGGCAUGCCUUUUUGUAAAUACAAAAAGAACUACAAAAAAAAUUAUAGAAUGGCUUCUGGCUUAUGCCAUUGUCCAUGGUUAUUUUUAUUUUUUUAAGACUUUUCUGUUCUCCUUAGAUUUUAGAUAGCCAGGAAAUGCCCCCCAAAAGGGAACAAAAAAACACGAAAAAAUUCCAAACAAAAUCCCAAACCCUUCAAAAUAGAUUUUAACAAAAGCUUUAUUGCAAGUGGUAUUUGCAGCAGCAAAAAAAAAAUGUUAUUUUUUGGGUUCCAAUGUGCAAUAAGUCGACCACUUCUAUGCAAGAUUUGGCUGAAAUUUCAUAAUUGUCCUUAGGCUCGGUGCGUUGGCGUUUGUGCUGGCAACUCAUGAAGCUGCUCAACGACUUUCCAAUAAAAAAUCCCUUCCAACUCUGAA